AGACCUGUGGGAAAUACCCGCUCUGAGGAUAUAAAGCUGCACUUCGAGGGAGAGCUUUAUCACAAAACUUGCCGUUCUUCGUGGAUGCUUGAGAGAGAAGACGAAUAUUUGGAGGAAUACUCCGGGAUUUCCUUUUUGCUAGACAACGCGGGACAACUGAAAGAAACAUGCCGGUAGCGAGGCAGAGAAUGCGCCAAUGGCUGGAGGACAAGAUCAACUCCAACUCCACCAAGGGUCUGACCUGGAUUGACAAGGAUAAGACCAUGUUCACCAUCCCCUGGAAACAUGCCGCACGCCACGGCUGGGAGAUGAGCAAGGACGCGUGUCUGUUCAGAGACUGGGCCCUCCACACCGGGAAGUACGUGGAGGGCCAGGUGGAGGACCCCAAGACGUGGAAAGCCAACUUCCGCUGUGCCAUGAACUCCCUGCCCGACAUCGAGGAGGUGAAAGACCGCAGCGUUAACAAGGGUCACAUGGCCGCACGGGUCUACAGGAUGCUUCCGGUGAAGCGCAGAGGUGAGGUUCGCCGGGAAAGACGCGGGAGAGGCACGGACAUGAAGAGAAAGACAAAGGUGAAGGUAGAGGAAGAGGACGACGACAUGGAUGCACAGUCCUCUACAAGUCAGUCGCAGACAGACGACGACUUCUCACCUCAGGAAAACAGACCUGACAGCACAGAACCCCUGAACAUGCCAGACAUGAGCACCGAGGUUCCCGACUUGGGCCUUUCCGUGGAGAUUGAGUCAGACUUUUACGGAAUCUACAGCGACAGAUUUCAGGUUUCUCCUGAAACCAGCAACGACUGCGCCUACGACGAAAUUAUCAAGGUAAAUAUCAAUUUGCGAGGAGAUGGAGAGGGACUCGCCGUGGAACCACAGCUACCAGACUAACACGGUCUGCUUCAGCCCAAGUGGAAGUGACUCCUCAGAAGACGUCUACAGUCCGAACUACACCACGCUAAAUUCAAACAUCUUCCAAAACAGCGCAGACUGUUGGACCGGGUCGUGGUUGUCUUCGCAAUUGGACUUUCCAUUCACUUCUUAGCAAGCGUGAAGCCCCUAGCCCCCAAUCUCCAUCAUCCCAUUUGAGACUCCUGUUGAAGAAUUUCCUCAUGACCUGUCUGCUUUUGUGUGGUGUUGCUCCGUCGCACAGCAAAGCGACUUGUGUCUUCAAUCCUCAACACUAGAAUUCCAUUUUUUAUUGUUGUUUCAUUGUCGCUGUAAAUAGUUCUGAAUAUUCCUAUUUUUUGUAAUAAAAAUAAACGUAAAAAAUACUUCAUCAAAAA